AUGCGCCCCUGGUUCCUGAACAACGCGCUAGAGCCUCCUUACACGUUCUCCCUCACGAGAAGCUUGUCACCAACCUUCAAAUCAACCCGCCUCCAUUUGUCUGCGUCCUCCCACCAACUACAGUCUUUCCCUUGCACCCAGCAUCUGCCAAUCAUGACGCGCGCACAGCAGACUAUUUCCUUUGGCCUCUUGGUCUCUUCCCUUUACCUCGCCCUCUACCUCGAGCUCGUUCCUCUUCCCGCUCUGGUCCAGGAGCAAAUCGUCCCCGUCCUUCCCUUUUGGGCUCUCGUCUCCUUUGGCGCGCUGCUCCUCUUCCGUCUCGGCUUCGGCGUCUUCACCUUCAACAAUGUCCCCGACGCGCACAAGGAGCUGAUGCAGGAGAUUGACCUGGCCAAGGUUGACCUCCGCAAGCUCGGCGUCGACGUCGACUAA